CAAAGAAGCAGCAACAGCAGUCUUGGAUUCUGGUGUGCCACUUAUUUGGGAACUUUGUCUUAAUUAUUUUUAUUUUUUUCAGUAAGUUUCUUCUUUUAAUUUAUUUUUUUUUUGUAUCUGAUAUAAAGUUGGAAAAUGCAAGUGCCUAGCAUGCAUCUUGGAUCCUUUGGCCACCCAGCCCUCUUCCCAUGUAUGGCAGCUUACCAAGAGCAGCUCAAGAUUUCCAGCAGUAAGCCAGCACCGGGGAAGUCCUUCACAAUUGAUGCUCUCCUAUCCAAAUCGGAUAAAGGAUCAGGACAUGAGAAAGACUCCAUUUCUAGUUGUUGUGGAGAGAAAUGCACAGCUCUGUGUUCUCCUCUUCCAGCUUCACCUUCCUUGUACACAGCAGUGCCCAGAAUUCUUCACCCAGGCUUGGCACAGCCUCAACCAGUAUAUCCAAUUUACUAUAGCAUACCAACUAACUAUCAGUCAAGCUACAGAUCAGCUCUUUAUGCACAUGCAGAGUAUUCCCUCACAAAGCACAACCUGCCAUCCUUCAAAUCAAAGCCUGGCAAAGCCAAACGAGUUCGAACUAUUUUUACUAAUGAGCAGCUGGCAAGGUUAGAGAAAGAGUUUUCCCGGCAACAGUACAUGGUGGGUUCAGAGAGAUUCCUUCUUGCAUCAGCCCUCCACCUCACAGAGGCUCAGGUUAAGGUCUGGUUCCAGAACAGAAGGAUCAAGUGGAGGAAACAAAGCCUAGAGCAACAGCAAGCCAAACUGGCCAAACUUGGUAUCAUUGUAAGUCCUGACCAAAGCUCAGACUCCUUGAGUCCCCAUGAAAUGGAGGAAGAUGAAGAAGAUGAAGAUCACUUCACAGAUGACUCUAGAGAUGAUCCUGAGAGUUCAGAAUAGACUACUUAACUGUAUUCUGAUCCACAUAGACUGAUACCUGCCAAUCACAUCAGGUUUUCUGACAAGUUUGGUUGCUGCUUUUUAUAGCAAAAAGCACACAAGAGUCUAUGUCUCUGAGAAAAUUACAGCAGUGCUGUUGAAGAUGACAAAAGAAUGGUAUUAUCAAAAAAACUUUUACUACAGGUCAUACAUUACCAAACUCUUAAUGUCUCUACAGUGUAAACUGUCUGCUCAUUUCUUUGAACUGGCACAGAUCAGACUUGUACUAUAGCUUUAUAUUUGAUACUGAUAACAUAAUGUAAUUGGUACAUAAACACACAAGCUCUUUUAUACACUGAAAAAGUCAGUGAUUAUAUAUUUUAUGGUAUUAUGUAAAUAAAUGUAUAUAGUAUUUAAUUUGUCUGUAGAAGGAAACCAUAAGUAAAUAGUAAAUACUGUUUUAAGGGGCCUUAUUAAUUUAAAUUAAGGUAAUGCCCAUUAAAACCCAAAGAGGGUUUAUAUUUACCUUUAUAUUUCUUGAACUUCUGCUAUUUGAAAACCAGAAUAUAUUUAUAUAAUACCCCAUAUAAU